AUGCCUGUGAUCAAGAGAAGACUUCGCAACAAGAGAGGCACCACCCUGGGCUGCAAGUCUCUCAUGCUUCUCCUCUCACCUCUUGCUCCGUCGCCCGGGACUGACAUUUCGGUCACCCCAACCCGGGCAGCGCCUCUAAGCUGGUUUGAGCUGCUAGCUAGAGAUGCUGCAAAUGCAGAUACAGGCUUUCUGCUAUCGCCUCUGCAACGCUCUCCAGAUGUACGGUCAGUCGAGGACAAAACGGAUCCACGCAACAGUGCAAACUUACGGCCACGCAGCUGGAGAGAGCGAGAGAGCUUUCAAGCAGCGGCUUUCCCAAGGAUCACUGGAAUGGAACGACAAAUUGCUCCACACACAACUGAAGAGGAAUCUUCCCUACAUAAUGACUCUUCCUCAUGGACGGCCGCUUUUCCUAUCCCCUUGUCAGAGUUUGAGCGCCGUAUAUUUACCCAUUUUGUGCGCUUCUCAAGCCAAUGGCUGGACUUCUAUGAUCCGCUUAGGCAUUUCUCGACUACCGUGCCACAAUUUGCAUUACGGAGCCCUGGCUUGAUGAGAGCGUUGUUAGCUUUCACGGCCCGCCACAUAUCCCUUGGUUCUUCCACGCCGGGGCCUUUCGGCACUGUUGACUCUCUUGGGCCAGAUGACAGACGGCGAAGGCCGUCUGAAAGCCUCAACAACAUAUUCACGGUUGACCGCAAUGUAGCUGUGCAGUAUUACUACGAAACUCUGCGUUGCUUGAACAAAGCAAUGCGACAUCCUUCCUACGCUAGCAGCCACGAGGUAGUUGCAACGGCGCUCCUGAUUAGCGCCUAUGAGAUGAUCGACGGAUCUAAUCAGGACUGGGAGCGGCAUCUCAAGGGCGUUUUUUGGCUUCAACGAUUUCAAGACAAUGAUGGAGAGUCGGGUGGAAUACGCCAGGCUGUUUGGUGGGCUUGGCUAAGGCAGGAUGUUUGGGUCGCUAUGAGGGAACGUCGUCGGGUGUUUAGCUUUUGGCAACCAAAGAAGCCCUUAUCAAUGCUAUCCGCUCCCGAACUAGCCACCCGGGCGACGUGGCUUCUUGGACAAUGUGUAAACUACGCAUCCAAAGACGAGCAAGACACAGUGGAGUUUUCUCAGCGUCUUGAACGCGGCAGUGAAUUGCUUUAUCUUUUACAGCAGUGGCACGACAAUCUACCUCCGGAGUAUAGUCCCCUUCCUAGCCUUUCUGGCCUUUCUAGCGUUUCUGGGAUGCAGAUAUUUCCUCCAAUUUGGGUUCACCCAUCGCCCUAUGCAGCUUCACUUCAAGUCCACAGCCUUUCCCGUAUCUUGGUGAUUCUUCACCGUCCUUCCUCGGGAGGUCUUGAAGACUAUCGAGCGGCCCAGAAGCUGCUGACAUUAUCUGUCAACACUAUAUGUGGCAUUGCACGAACAGUGGAUGUUGGCGACAGCGCGGCCCGCGUUGUCUCUCUGCAGUGCGUCUUUGGAGCCGGCAUGUGUGUGUAUACGCCCCAUGAACGACUGGCACUCUUAGACCUCCUUGACUCUCAUCAGAGGGGCUUGUGUUGGCCUAUAACGUCGUUGCGGAAAGAACUUGAGCUGGAAUAUGCCAAGGAUGAAUAUUCUGAAUUCGCCAGAUAA